AUGGAUUGGGUGUCAUUCUUUUUGGUCACUACACUAACUUUUGCACAUGGAGACAUACUGAUCGACUUUAUGUCGAGAAACCCUAUGUAUGACGACAGGUCUACCCUCUCAACAAAUAUAAUAUCAACACAAAAAUACAGAAGUUCUCGACAAUGCGCAUCUUAUUGCACGAGGGCCCCUCAGUGUAAAUCUAUAUUGUUUAACUCAGAAACAAGAUUCUGUCAAAUAUUGUUGGUUCAACUGGACUUGGUUGCAGAUAUUGGACCACAAAGUACAAAAGGCUGGCGAUAUUACCUUAGAAAAACAGGUACUCAAGAUUUGACAACCAGUUCCGAAGCUUUAACAACAAUACUCUUUGGCGCCCAGACAAGUAAAGAUAUGACUACAAGCACACACGCAAAUCAAGAUUUGACAACCAGUUCUGAAGCUUUAACAACAAUACUCUUUGAUUGCGACAUAUGGCACAAAUUUAAUGAUCAUUGGUACAAAUGGGACAACACGCAUAGAAACUUCUCCUCUUCACAGGCAUUCUGUUCUUCAUUGUCUCCAACAUCUUACGUCACAGAAGUUACCUCUCAAGCAGAAAACGACUGGCUGAUUACAUUCACUGUUGAUCACUGUGGUGCUGCAAAUGAAUAUUGGCUGAACGCAUAUGACACAGAUAACUCUGUGUCAUUUAACUGGUUGAAAAGUGGAGAAACGACAAGCUUUACUAACUGGUAUACUGGUG